AAGCCAGUUACUCAUGCUCUGUUUCAUGCUGUAAAUGUGAAUCUUUCAAGCAGACAAGGCAUGAGAAGCCUCAUGUUUGUUCUUCAAAUACAAGAUGAACCGAUCAAGUUAUAAACGUGAGAAAACGUUGAAAAUGUGGCAAAUGAAGGCAUGAUUGAGAAAUAAGGGGAAACGUUUAUUACUUGGACCAACUGAAGUGUAGGCAAACAUGGGGAUUAAGCCAACUAGUCAAGACCCAUCCUAUAUCCACUCUUGGCCAAGCAAAUUCUCUCUGCCCUUCACUUGAACAACAAGAAGAUCUAGAGUGCAAUGUGGCUUCACUGCUGAUUAAUUCCUUACUUCCUCUUCUCUCUCUAAUACUUUUGUGGCAUAUCUUUAAACCAAAAAUUCCUUUAUUUUUUAUAAAAUUUUUAUGUUUUAUAGAUUAUCCAUCUGGGUGUUGGAUAAAUAGGGAAGGAGUUUUGAAUUUUUUAAGCUACUUGUGAUUUGUGAACUUGGGGAGGAAGGAAGAAGAGAGAAGAAUGCACCAUUUACCAGUGCAAAGCAAUCUUGCUGAUUCAGAUUUAGAGAAAACUAAGCUUGGGUUUGAAGUUAAUGGUCACCACCAGCCUCUCUGCCCCAAACCUCGCCGCCUCGGAUCUCCCAUUCCUGAAUUCCUCAAGCCCCUCAGAUGCAGCAAACACAGCCAAGAAGAUAUAAAUGGAAGAAAUGGGAUUCUAAACAUAAUUGCAGAAAAGAGAAAUGAUCAUGGAAGGGAAGCUACAUGCACUGGAUGCUCUCCUCGUUGUUACUCAGGGUCUCCUCCAGGAAGAACAGAUAAUCCAUUGGUUCAUGAUGUGCACUUCAUUCAUCAAAUGGAACUUUCACCAUUUAAAAGAACCAACCUUUCUGAUAAACUUGGCUUCACCUCUUCUGCCUCUCCUGUUUGAUCAGAGUCUUUCCACAGAACAUAAUGGUGUAAGCUAGGGAAAGGAACAAGCAUCACCAUCCUCACAGAAUGAGAUUUCUUGUAUAAGAAUUGCUAGCAGUUUGAGGGAUUUUUUUUUGGCUUGUAAUUGAUUAGUGUAAAUUGUAAAGUGGUUUUUUUAAAUGGU